AUGCAGCUCACGCCGGACUUCCUCCACACCGCCACCGAGUCCUACAGCGCCGAAAUACGCGCCGUCGACUUCGCUAAGGAAGAGGUCAGGGAGGAGACCAGGAAGGAGAUCAACCUGUGGGCGGCGGCGGCGACGAACAAUCUCAUCUCGGAGAUCCUGCAGGAGGGUUCAUUGACCAACCUCUCGAGGUUCGUGCUCACCAACGCCAUCUACUUCAAGGGUACGUGGGAGACCCGCUUUCCCAAGAAGCUCACUGAAGACCGCGAAUUCCACCGCCUUGACGGCGCUGACCCUGUGGAAGUCCCCUUCAUGACCCAGCGAGGAGAAUGCGAGCUCUUCGUCUCAUACAACAAAGGCUUCAAGGUGCUCAAGCUCCCGUACAAGGCUGGUGACGAUGCCAUGUCACGGUACUCCAUGUGCGUCUUCCUCCCGAACAAGGACGACGGGUUGCAUGACAUGGUCCGCACUCUGGAGGAGGUGGGCGGCUCCCUGCUCAACCACGUGCCAAAGCACCGUAGUAGCGUGAGGGAGAUUCUGCUGCCCAAGUUCAAGCUUUCAUUCUUCUGCGGUCUCUCCAAAGUCCUUCGAGGCCUAGGAGUCCGGGAGGCAUUCAGCGAGGUGGCCGACCUGUCCGGUAUCAUGGAGAAGAGCAUCUGCGACGUGCGCUUGGACGAGGUGUUCCACAAGGCCGUCGUCGAAGUGAACGAGGAAGGCACCGUGGCAGCUGCCUGCACUGCCGUCAUUGGCCGCAAGAAGCAAUGUGCAAGGAGAUUGUUGGAGUUCAUCGCCGACCACCCGUUCGCGUUUUAUAUCGUGGAGGAGGUGUCAGGGGCUGUGGUCUUUGCCGGUCAUGUACUCGACCCUUCUAGCUCACAGUAA